UACAAAGCGUGAGUUUCAAACUCAAAAGUCCAACAGUACCUGCGAAAACAAAUGGGGGGAAAUAGCGCAAUCUCUGUCUCUCUCUCUCUCUUUAAUUUUGAGAAGCUUUAUUUUUUAGUUGGAUUCUGUGAAUGUUUGGUUUAGCUCUCAAACUGUGAAGCUCAAGUUCUUCUGGAAUACGAGGAUAGCUCAGAGGACACCAUUCCCUGAAGGAUUAAUCAGACAACUAACGGGCAAACUCAGUGAGUCUAUUCCAUUAUGUUUAGUUUUCUUUGUUCAACACGUCUACUAUUACUCAAACGUAGAAAGACCCAACUGGGUUUUCUUCACCAAAAUGCUUUCUUUAUUGUUAAAUCGUUCGCAUCAAUAACAUUAUCUGAUUCUAGUCACCGACAACAACAAGGUCAAGAAGAAGAACAUUCUUUUACAGUGUCUUACCUCAUAAACUCUUGCGGGUUAUCAUCAAAAUCUGCUCUUUUAGCAUCCAAAUGGGUACACUUUGAAAACCCAGAGAGACCAGACUCAGUGCUUAAUCUUCUCAAAGAGAAUGGAUUCACCAAUACCCAGAUCUCCAAACUUGUCAGGAUGCGACCAAAGGUGCUUUUAUCUUAUCCUGAGAAGACCCUUUUGCCCAAAAUUGAGUUUUUCCGUUCUAAAGGGAUUUCAAGCUCUGACCUCACUACCAUCAUAUCUUCAAACCCAUCACUGUUAGUAAGUAGCUUAAACAAUCAUCUAAUCCCCUGCUAUGAUUUCCUCAAGAGUGUACUACUUGUCGACGAGAAAGUCCUUACAACUUUCAAGGGAUCCCGAGGGGCUGAUGUUGCAAAUAAUAUGAUCCCAAACAUUGAACUUUUGAGACAACACGGAGUGCCUCAAUCUGUAAUCUCUUUGUUUUUAACUAGUUUUCCCCGUAUAGCGUUCUCAAAUCAUUCUAAGUUUGUUGAGGCUGUACUCGAGGUUAAGGAAAUGGGAUUUGAUCCCUUGAAAACUGUGUUUGUUCUAGCAGUCCAAGUGGUUUUAAAGAUGAGUAAAGAAAAGCUGGAAUCAAAAUUGGAGCUUUAUAAAAGAUGGGGUUGGUCCAAGGACGUCGCUCUCUUGGCCUUUAAAAGGAACCCAAGUUGUAUGGCUUUAUCAGAAGAGAAGAUCACAAAAGCAAUGGACUUCCUUGUGAACAAAAUGGGUUGGCCAUCAGCACAUAUUGCUAAAAAUCCUACGAUUCUAUUUUUAAGUUUGGAGAAGAGGAUUAUCCCUAGAUGUUCAGUUAUUCAAAUUUUACUAGCCAAGGGUUUGGUGAAGAAAGAUUUGGGUCCAGCAAGAUUCAUAAUACCCAGUGAGAGGAGUUUUCUGGAGAGGUUUGUGAUCAAGUUUCAGGACGAUGUUCCUCAAUUGUUGAAUGUGUAUCAGGGUAAGAAGGAUCUUGAGGUAGGAAGCCAAUCUGAGAAGGUAUGUAGGGCUGAACAAUUGUAACAUUUCGACUUCAAAGUUAAAUUUUAAUUCUGUCUUGUUAU